GAACCUACAGGACCCCAAGAAGGGUGCAGAUCUCACAGGGACCUCAGAGCCAGACAGUGACUGGACAUCACCUGAAAAGAACGUGGACCAUCUACAGGAAGGGAAGAGCCCCAAAAAACCAACCCGAGGAAUGAGCUGCAAACAGAAGACAAGCCCCGAUGAUGGAAGUUAAGCACUAGUUUGCGUUGCAUGCUCUCAACUCCUCUGUGGAGAGGGGGAGGCUAUUGAUCGUGUUUGUAGGUGCCCCUCGGUCCCCCCGAGGGUGAUCCCAAGACCAGCCCGAGGGGAGCGGGAAGAGAGAACAACGAACACCUUGUAAAGGGAAGGCGAGGGGAAAGGAGCAGAGACAGGUUCUGCCCGGAAAGAUGCUGAAGGGAAGUUUGUGAAGUGAACCUGAGAAGGGAUGCGCAAGCCGGAGAGCCAUGUGGGAACAUGACCAGGCGCUCAUUUGCUAGCAGCAGCUGUCCCACAAACCAAACCUGAGCGGUGUGUCCUGAGCAGGCAGUGGAAGGGAGAGACCUAGGGAAAGGCAGAGAGCAGAGCAGGGACUCCAGGAGAUCAGUGGAGAAGGGCAGAGAGCCACCUGGGUUUGGAUCCCAACGGGGAGAGACGGGUCCCUGACCCCGCUGGGUGAAGCGCUGCGCAGGAGAUCAAGCGGCGCCACGUGCAUUAAUUAAAAGCCCGCGUAUUUCUCUCUGGCCCCGUCCACCUGCCCAGUUGGCUCAAGGUCCUGGGUGCGCAGGAGCAUGCUGUUGUCAAUACCCCUGCUCCUAGCUACCUGGGUGCUCAGCGCUGUUGACGCUGACCCAACCUGGAGACACCCCCAGCCGCUGGCGCUGAGGAGGGACCAGAACCAGAACUCCUUGGAGGGGGAACGAUGUUGGCUAGGGACCAAGCUCCGCCGAGCCAGGGCCACCCCGCAGCACCACCCCCGUGCGCUCUACCCGGGCAGAGGCGCGCAAAGCCCGGGCGCACAGUCCCUCGGAGAGGGGGCGCGCAGCGCAGGCGUCCGGGAGUCUCCCAGCAGCACCGGGUCCACGGGCAAAGGCGCCGCCACCGCCGCGUGGAGCCCCGGGGAAGGCCCAGGACUGCAGCGGCUGCGGUACCCCAGGAGCGUGGAGGACACGUGGGAAGAGCGAGAGCCUGAUGCCUUGCACCAGCGCGCACGCCCCAGGACUAGGCCCCGCCAGCUCUCCCGGCGGCGCAGCGGCUCGGGCUGGGGAGGGCCAAGCUCCCCCCCUCCGGGCGGCCUCUCCGCCCUCUACUUCUCCGGGAGCCGGGAGCAGCUGCUGGUGCGGCCUGAGGUCCUGCCUGAAGUCCCCAGAGGCCAAUUCACCAUCGAGGUUUGGGUGAAACCUGAGGGAGGACAAAGCAACCCGGCCAUCAUAGCAGGUGUGUUUGACAAUUGCUCCCACACGGCCAGCGACAAGGGCUGGGCGCUGGGCAUUCGCACGCUGCAGCGCCCAGGGAGGAAAGAUGCCCGCUUCUUCUUCUCGCUCAGGACAGACCGGAUGAGGAGAGCCACUGUGGUGUCUGGCUACCGCCGCUAUCAGCUCAACACCUGGACUCACGUGGCCGCCACGUACGACGGGCAGUGGAUGACACUCUACCUGGACGGGGUACGGGUGGGCAACAGUGACUGGCAGGCCGGCGCCCUGCAUAGUCCCUUCAUGGCCUCGUGCCGCAGCUUGAUUCUGGGAGGGGACAGCUCCGAGGAUGGGCACAACUUCCGCGGGCACCUGGCGUUGCUGGCACUCUGGAGCGUGGCUCUGCACCAGGCCAGGCUGCAGCGUGGCUUCUUACGGAAGAGCGAGGGUGCAGAAGCUGCCAUGGUGCUUGGGGCUGGCUUCACCCGCCUGGAGGAGCAGUGGGUGGCCUUCAAGGACGGGGGUUACCCGCUGCUCGAGUCCCUCCAUGUGCCGGAGCCUGAGCUGCUGUCUCCACUGGCGCCCCCCACCUGCGGGCAAACAGCCUGCGACAAUGUGGAGCUGAUCUCCCACUACAACGGGCACUGGCCACUGCGCAGCGAGAAGGUGGUGCGGUAUCGGGUGGUCAACAUCCACGACGACCAGGGGCUCCACCCCACAGUCAGCCGGGAGCAGGUGGCACACCAGCACCAGGCCUUGAGCGAGGCCUUCGCCCGCUACAACAUCAGCUGGCAGCUGAGCCUGCACGAGGUGCACAACUCCUCCCUGCGUCACCGCACCAUCCUGGUCAACUGCGAGCCCAGCAAGAUCGGUAACGACCACUGCGACGCUGAGUGCGAACACCCACUGACCGGCUACGACGGGGGCGACUGCCGCCUGCAGGGGCGCUGUUACUCCUGGAAGAGACGGGAUGGCGUCUGCCACAUGGAAUGCAACAACAUGCUGGACGACUUCGAUGAUGGUGACUGCUGCGACCCUGAGGUGGCUGAUGUCCGGAGGACCUGCUUCGACCCAGACUCGCCCCAACGGGCGUACAUGAGCGUGAAGGAGCUGAAGGAGGCACUGCAGCUGAACAGCACACACUUCCUCAACGUCUACUUUGCCAGCUCGGUGCGGGAGGAGCUGGCCGGUGCCGCCACCUGGCCAUGGGAUAAAGAGGCCCUCAGCCACCUGGGUGGCGUGGUCCUCAAUCCAGCCUAUUAUGGCAUGCCCGGCCAUACCAACACCAUGAUCCAUGAAGUAGGACAUAUCCUGGGACUCUACCAUGUCUUUAAGGGAGUGAGCGAAAGGGAAUCUUGUGAUGAUCCCUGCAGGGAGACUACACCUUCCAUGGAGACCGGUGACCUCUGUGCCGACACAGCCCCUACCCCCAAAAGUAAACUCUGCCGAGAUCCAGAUCCUACCAAUGACACCUGUGGCCACACCCUCUUCUCCGGAACGCCGUUCAACAACUACAUGAGCUACACAGAUGAUGACUGCACGGACAGUUUUACCCCGAACCAAGUGGCUCGAAUGCAUUGCUAUUUGGAUCUGGUGUACCAGCGAUGGAGCCAGAGCAGAAAGCCCACUCCGAUCCCCAUGCCCCCGGUGGUCACUGGGCAGGGCCAAGACUCCCUCACCAUGCAUUGGCUGCCUCCCAUUAGCGGCGUUCUCUAUGAAAGGGACCCCAGCACCCUCUGCGGGGACUGCGCUGAAGAUGGUACUUUCAGCCAAUACGUGCAUGAGGCUUCUUCCCCUCGAGUUUGUGACUCCUCCGGCUACUGGACCCCUGAGGAGGCAGUAGGCCCCCCGGAUGUGGAUCAACCCUGUGAGCCCAGCCUGCAGGCCUGGAGCCCAGAGCUCCACCUGUACCACAUGAACAUGACUGUUCCUUGCCCCCAGCCGCAUGGUUGUAUCCUGGAGCUGCAUUUCCUGCAUCCCGUGUACCCGGAGUCUCUCGUGCUGUGGACCACCUACCUCUCCACAGACUCACCCAAGGCCUUGUCUGACAUUGAAAUCCUAACAGAGCAUGGGGAGUCUGUCCACCUGGGCCCCCUGGACACUUUCUGUGACACCCCCCUCACCGUUAGGCUCAAUGUCAACAGGAAGGUGUCUGGGGUAAAGGUCUACACCUUUGAUGAGCGGAUGGAGAUAGAUGCAGCUCUCUUAACCUCCAUGCCCCAGAGCCCCCUCUGCUCCAGCUGUAAGCCUGUGCGCUACAGGAUCCUGCGGGACCCCCCGUUUGCUAGCGGCUCGCCCAUAAAGGGGUUGCACAUGCACCGAAAGUUCACCGACACGGAUGUCACACCGGGCCAGUUGUACCGCUACCAGGUGCAGGCCAUGGCUGGGGCAGCUGUGGGAGAACCGUCUCCAUCUUUGAUCCAUACCCACGGCUCUCCCUAUUGUGGAGACGGAAAAGUGACCAUGAGCUUGGAAGAGGAGUGCGAUGAUGGAGACCUGUUAGAUGGAGAUGGCUGCUCUGGGAAGUGUAAAAGGGAAAAAGGCUUCAAUUGUGUUGGAGAGCCGAGCCUGUGUUAUGUUCAUGAGGGGGAUGGAGUGUGUGAGCCCUUCGAGAGGAGAAGCAACAUCCAGGACUGUGGCCUCUACACUCCCAAAGGGUACAUGGAUCAGUGGGCAGCACAGGCCUACACCUCCCACCAGGACAAGAAGUCAUGUCCUGUUUCCAUGGUGACCGGAGAGCCCGUUGUGAAGGUGUGCAGAUCCCACCUUCAAGAUAUGCCAGAGCAUCAUUCCCUCGCUGCUUGGUUCCCCUGCACCGCCAGCCGCGACAAUGCUCAGGUUGCUCAUGGGGAGAAAACACCCUUGGAUGAUGAGAGAGUUUGGCUCAAAGUGUGUUUCGACAGACCCGGACUGGCCACCUCAGUAUUUAUUUUCCUGGCCUCUGAUGGCAUUGCCCUGAGCGACCAGCACAAGCCGACUGUGACCGUCCAGCUGGGGGAUGAGAGGAGGCACAACCACUCUCUGGGGACGCAUGAGCUGUCAUGUCAGCGGAACCCAUUGGUCAUCAACGUGACCCACAGCCAGGAUUUCCUUUUCCACCGGAUCACCUCGGUGCUGCUCAAUUUCUCCUCCCCGCUAGUGGGCGUCUCAGCCGUGGCCUUGCGAACUUCCUCCCUCCUCAGCUCUUCUGCGCUGAACACCUGCCUCCUGGAACACGAGGGACAUGGCCUCCAGAGACACAGCUGUGCCCGCUGGACCUGUGGGGAGCAGGGCAGCUGCAUGCCACUGCAGCUCGACCAUGCCUUGGUGAACUGCACGUCCAGUGGCCCAGGACACAUGAAAUGCGCUGUUGCCUGUGAAAAGGGAUUUGUCCUCCAGUCCAGCGGCGGGAAGGGUCUGAGCCCCAGGGAGAAAGAGUUUCUGCUGACAUGCAACUCCGGGAGGUGGGACAGAUCCGUGACCUGCAACCCCGUGGACUGUGGAGUUCCUGACCAGUCACACGUAUACUAUGCUGAGUUCUCCUGCCCCACCGGGACUACGUUCCUGGAGCGCUGCUCCUUCUCCUGCAUCAAGCCAGCUAAGCUUCAAGGACUGAGUCAAUGGCUGACCUGCCUGGAGGAUGGGCUCUGGUCACUCCCAGAAGCUUACUGCAAACUGGAGUGUGAUGCACCUCACGUGGUUGCCAAUGCCAAACUGCUGGUGCCCCGGUGCCUGCAAGGGAACCAUGACGUGGGUUCUGUCUGCCGCUAUAAGUGUAAACCCGGAUACCACGUGGCGGAGAGCAUGGAGAGCAAACCCAGAAAAAAGUUAUUGAAGAUCCACUGCCUGGAAAGUGGAGUCUGGGAGGAAGGCAGCUGCGUCCCAGUGCUGUGUGAGCCGCCCCCUCCUGUCUUUGAGGGAAUGUACAACUGCACCCAUGGCUUUGAGCUGGACACCCAAUGCGUGCUCAGCUGCAACCCGCAGAGCAAAAGGGUUCCUAUCCUUUGCACUAAAGAAGGCUUAUGGACAGAGGAGUUUAAAUUGUGUGAGAACCUGCAAGGCAAUUGCCCUCCGCCUCCAGAGCUGAAUUUAGUGGAGUACAAGUGUGAACAAGGCUAUGGCAUUGGUGCAGUGUGCAUACCAUCCUGUAUAAUCCCCCCCAGCGACGCAGUGAUGCUCCCCGAAAACAUUACUGCUGACACUAUGGACCACCGUCUGGAACCUACCAGAGUCCAGAACAUUGUGUGCACUGGCCGGCUGCGAUGGCACCCAGACCCUACAGUCAUUCACUGCAUCCAGUCAUGUGAGCCUUUCCAAGCAGAUGGCUGGUGUGACACCAUCAAUAACCGGGCGUAUUGCCAGUAUGAUGGGGGUGACUGCUGCUCCUCCACACUGUCCUCUAGGAAGGUGAUCCCAUUUGCUGCUGAUUGUGACCAAGAUGAGUGCACCUGCCGGGACCCAACGGCUGAAGAGAAUCAGUAAUGGCACCAUGAGCGGCUUCUGUGGGCGAGGCGAGCACCAGAGGAAUAAAUGGGAAUCAACUGGGGCCGGUGGGAGAGUGAAAGGCGGCUUGGGAGAGGAAAGAGGAGAGUUGGGAGGAGGAGAUGGGAAGGAGUCAGAAUCAAAAUAAGGACGAUCUCUGCAUUAAAUUGGGCACAGGCACCCAGCAUUCUGAGGCAUCGUGUGAAAGGAGGGAUGUGCAUGAUGAGGAGAAGGGGGGAAACAAGUGACAAGAUGGUGGAUUGAGAGCGGGAAGACAAAUCUGCUCAACACAUAGUUACACCUCCUACCCUUCUGUCACCCCCUUUCAGAACCAAAAUUGAGAUCCAGGACUUGAGCCAAAGCCCAGUGAACUCAGCAAGGAUGAGUCUUUCCAUUGACUUCAGCCAGCUUUGGAUCAGGCCCUAGAGCCAACAGAUGAGAAGCUGCCAUGGACACUUUAUGUUACAGUAUCAAUGGUUUGCCACCUACGAGUGUCUGUUUGCUCUGAAUUUCCUCACUACUCACUUCCUCUACUGUAUAGGCUCCUUUUAGCAAGGUUGAGGUAGUUGUGAUCUCUCUGCAAAUAUUUAAACAUAAUUCUAUAUAUAUAUAUAUAUGUAUACAUAUAUAUAUAUAUAUAUAUAUAAAAUAUAUAUUAUAUAUUUUUUGCUGUUUAUUAAGCUGAGAAAGAAUACCCUUUGUAACACCCAUGCUGCUGUGAAGUACAAACUAUUGGAAAAAGAGAUUGGAAAAGAAGUGAACUUCCCAUAAUUUGCUGGGAGGGAGAGGAAAACAGAGAGACACCAAGCAGGGCCUUUAAUUCUAAUAGGAGAUGCCUUGCCAGUAACCCAAAAUUAGGGGCAAAUGCUAAGAAGUACUGAGCACCUACAAAUCCCGGGGACUUCAAUGCGAUUUGAAGGUGCUCAGCUUCAUUCAGAAUUUGGUCCUAAGACAGUAUUUGAGAUAUGGUUAUCCUUCAAAAUAUAUGACAGUACUCUUGAAUAGCUCUACCAAACACUACGGCUUACUAUAGUGUUACUACAUGAUGGUAACUCUGGAAUACUAUAAUGCUAUCACUCAAGAAUACUUCACUAUGGCCCAUUACUCCAGAAUUUUCUAGGGUGGUUCAUUAUGCCAGAAUACUCUAGUAUGUUCUAGUGUUCUAGAAUACUCUCAUAUGGUCCCUUACUCCAGAAUUUUCUAGUAUAGCUCAUUACUCCAGAAUACUCUACUAUGAGCCAUCUCACACUGUGUUAUCAUCCUAGUCACUGCUUUGUUCACACUAUAUCUCUCCCCCUUCAGCUGUUGGUGACCUGGGUUGGAAAGGAAAGUGUAAGAGCCAGGCAAUCAAGAACAUCCCAUCCAUAAAGAUAAGGUCCAUUCUGCUUAAAACCUCCUCUCUGGUCAUGGGAUCUCCAUGAUCCAAACAUGGUAUUGGCAGCUUCUCAGAGUACACCUGGAAGAGGCUGCACUAGCUUAAACCACUUCCCAGGAGAAUUUUUGUGUCUUUUUUUUUUCUCCUGGGGUUCAUUUUUCUGGUCUUCAUUGCCCUUAGUUUAUACCAUAAAAUAUCAAGAGAACUCUUAGCCUGACCUCUCCCUUUUGUAGGUCACCAGUGAAAUAAUUCAGAUGAGUUUCUAACCAAGUAUGAUCCCAACCAACGUUUGGACCCAGAACCAGACUUCCCUGAAGUUCACAUAAGUCGGUUGGAAUCAGCCCAUUGGAGACAGAUGCCAGACUUGGGACUUAGAGCCAGAUGUGAAUUGCCCCAGUGUUUGAGCUUUUUCAGAUCUGGAGUUUAGAUGAGCCCCCUUUUAUUUCAUAACAGAUUUUUGGAAUCACUUUAAAGAGGGAUGGAGGCAGGUAAUUGAAGAGAAAUGGAAAACUGGGGUUGAGGGGAGGAGAGAAAGGGGAUAUAAAGAUGGGGAAAGAGGAGUAGGGAGAGAAAAUGUGACUGUCUCAGGGUCUCUCUGUUGUUGGGUUAGGGCUGAGGAAAGUUCCAGCCAGAGUUUUUCCUUUGACAGUGGAAGGUUGGAGGAAUGGAGCAAGUUGUGAAGCGAGUCUUGACCAGGCCCUUUUCAAUGUGGAAACGCUCCUCCAGCUGAGGAACACGUGGAGGGAGAGUGACUCUGUAGGGAGACUAGGGAAUUUCAAAGGCCAGCAUGCAGUUUCUGUGAUUUUGGCUCUUGCCGGUCUGUUUGUCAGGCCUGUCAAAAGGGGACCUUACAAGUAAACCCCCCUGCUCUACUCUGUGGGACCCUACAUCAAGUCCCAUGUCUGGGUCUCUCUCCCUUCUCUGAGCUGAGAGGGGCAGGAUACAUGCGCAGCUCCAGGGAAUAGGUGGCAGGCGAGUCAGUGUGUCACUUCACUCAACAAUAGGGCUGCUCAAAAUGUUUCUGUUGAAACUACUUUUUUGAUGAAAAAUUGUGGUUUUGACCAAGCAGAAUGUUUCGCAAAAAGGGUCUGCUUUCUGCAGAAAAUUUUGACUGAAUACCUGAAAACCAAAAAGUUUGCAGUUUUCAGCCAAAAUC